AAUUCGCCGUCAACAAAGGUUUACCGACCUACCGAACCAUUGAUUUUCGAUUCCAAAUCCUUGAUACCAAAACAUAAGAUUCCCCUGUUUCUUUCCUUCAGAUUCUUCUUGUUCAUCCUCAACCCCUCCGGCAGGAUAUUUUAUGGCAUUUGAAUGCAAACCCAGUACAAAGAUUGUUCUGACUAAGAAUUCUGAAGAUACAACCAAAGUUAAAUCAAGUGCUGUUGUCUCAUCUGGGAAAGGUUUGCUCAUUGAUACAGAAAGUGUAAUUUCUGAGACUGGAAAACCGGCGCAUCUUGCAAAGUUGCAGGUUGAGGAGAGUUUGUUGAGUGUUCAUAGAACGAUUACUGACCUUCCUUCAGCAUUAUUAUCUGAAAUAUUCAACUGCCUUGACCCAAAGGAGCUUGGGGUAGUUUCGUGUGUCUGUCCAUCUUUGUAUAAAAUUGUAUCUGAUCAUCACGUUUGGAAGGAGUUCUAUUGUGAGAGAUGGGGACUUCCAGCAGUCCCCAUCUCUGUGAAUGCAGAGUGUUCUGAUGAGAAAUCAUGGAAAGAACUUUUUGUUGAACGGGAAUUUCGUAGCAAGACGUUUAUGGGACGUUACACCAUCGAUACUCUGUAUGGUCAUACCGAACCUGUUCUCACCCUUUUUAUUUUACAUUCAAGAAAGCUUAUAAUUACUUCAGGUUAUGAUUCAGUUGUUAGAAUGUGGGACAUGGAAGAUGGUUUGUCAAUCGCUUCAUCUCGCCCUCUUGGUUGCACUAUUAGAGCCGUCGCAGCUGAUUCUAAACUCUUAAUCGCUGGUGGUUCUGAUGGUUUUAUACAUGGUUGGAGAGCUGAAGAUGGUCAUCCUCAUUUGUUUGACAUAAAGGGACCCCAGAACCAAAACACUGAGUUUCGGCUUUGGGAACAUCAAGGUCCAAUAACUUGUGUCGGAUUAGAUUUAACUAAAUUAUAUAGUGGUUCUUGGGACAUGAGCAUACGUGUUUGGGACCGUGUAACACUCAAAUGCUUAAAUGUCUUGAUGCAUAAUGAUUGGGUGUGGACGUUGGUCCCACAUGAUGGUAGCCUAGUAAGUACUUCUGGUUCGGAUGUAUAUGCUUGGGAGACUGAUACUUGUACACUAGUUGACAUUAUUAAAGAUGCCCAUGUGGGUAAUGCUUAUUCUCUUACUCGAAGUCACACAGGUAGUUUCAUUUUCAGUGGUGGAGAAGAUGGAGCUAUACAAAUGUUUGAGUUUACUAGUCAUAGAUGCGGGUUCAUUCGCCACGUGGCAACAUGGGGUCCUCAUUCAGGUCCUGUUCAUUCUCUUGCAUUCGAGUUUCCAUGGCUAGUUUCAGCUUCAAGUGAUGGUAAGCUUUCACUCAUAGAUGUGCGGAAGCUUUUGAAGAGAGUUCAGCAUACGUCGAAUAGCAAACACCUUUCAUUCAAUGGAAAUUUGUUGGACAGGAAGAAUGUGGAGCCACCACAAAGAAUGUUACAUGGGUCGUGUGGGAGUUUAAUUUGUGUAGGCAUUGGUGCUGACCGAAUCAUAUGUGGAGGGGAACAAGGUACAGUUAGGAUUUGGAACUUCUCCCAAGCUUUUGAAAUUGCAAAGAGAGCAUCUGCUUUAAAAGCGUUACGGUUGGAGAAUCGAAUGAGGCGUCGUAAACUUCAAAAUGAAAUGGAUAGUAAAGGUAGCCGGGCUGAUCAAUGUUUGAUUGCCGCCAAGAACCAGAUGAGUGGUGAGAGAAAUGGGGUUUGGUAUAACAAGCGUGGGCUGUCUCGCAAGGUCAAGGGUUAACUCGCGAUUUCAAGGGUUGACUCUUUAGGUUAGAUGUGUCUUUGGAACUAAAGGUUGACUGCUAGGUCAAAGAUCGAAUUCUUGGUGCUGGUUCUCAGGCGGAAGCUUUUACUCAUGUUCUUUUGUAUACAUUAUUUAUCAGGUAAACUGUUAGCCAUUUAUUUAAUGAGAACCUUUUUUGUACUGCAUUAAGUUGGUAUUCAGAUUUGAAACUUUUUAGUAGUA